UCUCUCUCUCUCUCUUAAUCAUCAUAAUCCUCAUAAUCGUCAUCUCCAUUCAUUUCUCUCUCUCUCUCUCUCUACAUUUAUCUCUUUCCCCCACAGCCCAUUUCUUCUCUUUUCUCUGAGUCAUUUUUGCAGGGCAGGGCAGGGCAGGCCAGUGCAGUGCAGUGCAGUUGAUGAUGAUGAUGAUUAUGCUCGUCUGCUUAUCUUCUCUUUCUUCUUUACUGCUUGCUUUAUUUUCCUUGAAUCUUAUUUUAUUUUAGCUUGCUUUUGGUUUCAAAUUUAAGAGUUAUAAACAAAGGAAUAAAGAUCAAAUCUGAAGGCCAGCACUAACUCAUAGAAAUUCACUUUCUGGCUUUCAUCUUUCCAGUUGUCUACUGUCCUCUUUAUUUCCAUUCUUGACAUCUCACAACCCCCACCUUUCACCACAACUUCUCUUUGCUCCCUCUCUCUCUCUCUCUAUUCUGACCACCACCACCUCCACGAGCAGAAGCCACGUCCCCUCCUCUCAUCACGAGUGAGUAAGUGAACGAGGGAGGAAGGAAGGUGAGAGAAAUCAAGUGGAUUGUAUACAAGACGGUGAAGAAGAUCCAGUGGAUCAUUUGCCGCUACUUGUAGCGCUAGAACAAUCUGUAUUAAAGAACUCGGAAAUCAAGGCACAAGUGGAGGGUAUUCGAUUGAGAAAUUAAAGAUGCAACAAGGAGGAGGAGGAGGAGGAGACUCUAAAUCCGAGAUGAGUGCUCCUGCCUUGGCUGCUGCUGCUGCAACCGGUCAGCCGAUGGGUACGGAAAGUGGACAAGCCCAGCUAGUAGAAGCGGCCUCGCCCAUCAGCAGCCGGCCUCCUGCCUCGGCCGCUGUGAAUUUGGAUGAACUGAUGCCUCUACAGGGCGGGACUGCAGAUGAGGAUGCACUUGCCGCCGCUGCAGGGGAGGGAGGAGCUAUUGGCGGCGGGAAUCGGUGGCCUCGUCAAGAGACUCUAGCUCUUCUCAGAAUUAGGUCCGAGAUGGACGCUGUCUUCUGUGACGCUACCCUCAAAGGUCCCCUCUGGGAAGAUGUUUCUAGGAAGCUAGCGGAGUUGGGAUACAAACGGAGUGCCAAGAAAUGCAAGGAAAAAUUUGAGAACGUCCACAAGUAUUACAAGCGAACAAAGGAAGGCCGAGCUGGUCGUCAAGAUGGGAAAAGCUACAAAUUCUUCAGCGAGCUUGAGGCUCUCCAUAGCUCAGCUGCCAGUAGCAGCGCCACCGGCAAUAACGCUUCAGCGUCCUUCCUAGCGCCGCCCGUGACAACUACUACCAUCAACCCAGUGAUUUCUCCUGUUUCCACUGGGAUCGGCAUCGGCGGCUUUAUCAGCAACGCCAUGCCAAUCUCCUCUAUCAGAGUUCCCCACGCCCCUCCAGGUGUCGGAAUGUUUCCUCCUGAUCCGAGUGCGGCAGUUAUUGCACCAUCAGCAGCAGCAGCAGCAGCAGCGCCCCCGCCAACAGGUAUCAGCUUCUCAUCGAAUAGCUCCUCGUCUUCUCCGGGCUCCGAUGAUGAGGAGGAAAGCCUAGAAGGGGAGCCAUCUAACGUAGGUAGCAGCCGCAAGCGUAAACGGGGGUCAUCAAGAGCCGGCAGCGGUUCUGGCACCCGUAGGAUGAUGGAGUUUUUCGAGAAUCUAAUGAAACAGGUAAUGUACAAACAAGAAGUGAUGCAGCAAAGAUUUCUAGAGGUAAUAGAGAAGAGAGACCAAGACAGAAUGAUAAGGGAAGAAGCUUGGAAGAGGCAAGAGAUGGCUAGGCUGGCCCGCGAGCACGAGCUCAUGGCUCAGGACCGGGCCAUCUCUGCUUCUAGGGAUGCCGCUAUAGUUGCUUUUCUACAAAAAAUUACUGGCCAAACCGUCCAAUUACCUACCCCUACUACUGUAACCAAUAUUCCUGCUGCCCCACCACCGACUGUGCCAGCGGCUCCAACGCCAACGCCGCCGCCACCACCGCCACCGUCACAACAACAUCAUCAUUAUCAACAACGGGUCCACCAACGUUCUCCUCAAAAUGCUCAAGUAGUAAUGGCCAUCCCAGAACAACAGGUACCCCCACAGGAUACGAGUGGUGGAGGAGGGAUGUUUGAAGCAACUUCCUCGAGAUGGCCCAAGGCAGAGGUUCUUGCACUCAUAAGCUUGAGGAGCGGGCUUGAACCGAGGUACCAAGAGGCAGGGCCCAAGGGCCCACUUUGGGAAGAAAUUUCUUCAGGGAUGUUGCGGAUUGGCUAUAAGAGGAGUGCCAAGAGAUGCAAGGAAAAAUGGGAGAACAUUAAUAAGUACUACAAGAAGGUAAAGGAAAGCAACAAGAAACGCCCCGAAGAUGCCAAAACCUGCCCUUACUUUCACCAGCUAGAUGCUCUUUAUCGGAAAAAAAUACUUGGCGCGUCUAGCAGUGGUGGAAGCGGCAGCGGCAACAACACUUGUUUUAACCAGAAUAGGCCAGAACAGCAACAAGAGAACGUCAAAUUGGAUCCACGCGAUGCCCCGGCAAUUAUGCCAAUACCAGAACCGCAAGAAGCGCUUGCUAGUACUCAUGAAUUAGAAAACCAAAACAAGGCUAGUACAGAUGAACAGGCCCAGGCAAGCGACAUAGGUUUGCCAGCGGGCCUCCUUGGAGAAGGAAUUGGAGCGGCGCCCAAGAAGCCAGAAGACAUUGUGAAGGAGUUAAUGGAGCAGCAGGAGGAUCGACGUGAACAACAAUUAUUAGUAGAUGAGUAUGAUAAAAUUGAGGAAGCUGAUAGUGACAUUAAUAUUGAUCAAGAGGAUGAGGAAGAUGAAGAUGAGGACGAAGAGGAGGAUGAAGAAUUAGAAGAGGAGAGGAAGAUGGGUUAUAAGAUAGAAUUUCAGAGACAGAGCGCAGGACAGCCUAAUGGGGGAGGAAAUGGGGCACCGGCCUCCUUUCUGGCCGUGGUUCAGUAGUCUUGGUUUCGUAGCUAGCUAGCUAGCCCCUCCUCGACAAAAGUGUACCAUGUACGUAUCUAUGGGUUCAAAAGCAUAAGAGGAUAACCAUGACGUCCGAGUUGAAACCCUCAUAAUUUCUUUCUAACUUCCAUCGCCAUCAUCUUCUUGUACUUGUCGGUACUCAGCAGUAGAAUAGCUUCGUUAAGUUGGGAACUGGGAAAUGUUGGAUGACGCAGUGAUUUUUUCUAAUUUAUUGAUUUGUUGGCGAAUAAACCGUUUCAAAGGUAGAACGGGAAAAAUAUUUGGAUUGAGACAGACAAAUAAGCUUGCCAAGCAGCAGCAACAUCAUCAUCAUCGUCAUCGACGAGAUACACGAGCAUGGGGAGUAAGAGACUCAAAAGCAGAUAGUUUUCAAAGCUGAAGCAGAUGUAUAAGUUCUCGUUUUUCUUUUUCUUUUUUUAAUUUCAAUUAAACUUUGCUUCCUUCCUUUCCAUCCUUGCUUUGUUUGGAUGAAAGAGCUGGAAAAUUGGGUAUCCAGAAAUUCAUUCUUGUUAUUCAAAUUGUAAUAACUCUAGUUACCUAAUUUCUUUUUCUAUAAUGUUUGUCAUGUUGCUGUCA